UCGCCACAGUCUCCGGGAUGUCAUUGCUGUAGACUCUUGCGAGCAUGGUACUUCUUUAGCACCGGGUACCGCCGCCGCAACCAUGCCGCGCUUGGGCCGUCAUCUCCCUCUGCACAGUUGAUGCCAUCACAGCAGGCGAAGCUGCAAGUCCUACAGGCUGGAGGAUGGGGAAUAUGAUGCGAGGUGUGAGCGCCAAAGACAAGGACAACACGGAUAACUGUGACAGCUCUCCGAAGGGUUUGGAAGACGACGUGGUGGUGGUGCUUCAAGACUACCCGUCUGCUGAGAUCAGCAAGCCCAUCUACAGGAUAGGGGAGAAGCUCAGAGUUGUCGCUCAGGAGGCCUACUGGUGGAGAGUCCGCUCUAUCCAAACAGGAAAGGAGAACUACAUACCGAACAGUCAUGUGGCUAAAGUGUACCAUGGUUGGCUGUUUGAGGGGGUGGCGAGGCAGAAGGCGGAGGAGCUGCUUUGUCUACCUGGGAACAGAGUGGGCUCCUUCCUGGUGCGCGAGAGUGCCAAGGAGAGAGGUGUGUAUUCGCUCUCCGUGAAGCACAUGAUCAUAAAGCACUAUCGCAUCUUCAGACUAGACAACAGCUGGUACUACAUCUCCCCUCGCCUCACGUUCCAGUGCCUUGAAGAUAUGAUCAACCACUACUCUGACUUUGCAGAUGGCCUGUGUUGUGUGCUAACCUCCCCCUGUCUGUCGAGCACGACCCCGCCGUCAGAUGCAGCCUCUGUAGUUCCACCUGUAGUCAUGAGACGCAACUUUGACUGGAAGAAAGUGGACAGGAGACAGCUGGUCAGCACAGAGAGCUGCAGUGACAACAUGGUGAGCUAUGGAGUCAGGAACAGCAUCGCUGCCUACCUGUCCUUCUCUGGGAAUCAAAGCCCUGCACAGAUGGGAGCGGACAGCAGGAAGAAGAAGAGCAAAUCUGUUUAUGCGCUUCCUGACAGCAGCCUUGCAAACAUUGACUAUGAUGAUGACUUCUAGUGAAGCACAGGGAUCCAAAAGACUGGAAUACCUCCAAGUGGAGGUCAGUAGGGUGCAUCCUUCUCUCAAAUCCAGCACAUUCCUACUGUCGGCAGUGGGCAGCACUGAGCCGGCGUUUGUGUUCAGCAUCCCAAACCAAAGUGUGCUAUAGCUUCUAAUGUGAGCACUUUGACAUACUUUAACAACAAUGCAAAUUGCAUGACCAGUUACAAGUUGACUCAGCUGAUAAGACGGGACUACACAGAGUGGAAGUGGACAAUGGUGCAAUUGAACUGUGAUGUGUGUUCUGCGCAUGAGCCGCAAAAACACGCAGCCCAGCGUGACAAUAGUGAAAAGGAGACUUGAAUGCUAUGGGUAUAGUCAGGUAAUAAUAAUGAGCAUUAUUGGCUUUCAAACUAUUUUCUGUGUGUUGUUAAUAAAUGUAAUAUAGUAAAAUAUAUUUUGAAACAA